AUGUCAGCGAGGCAAAUACCAUGGCGGCAGGCGCUGUCGGCCCGGCCGAGUCGACGCGCCUUGACAUCACACGCCUCCGCUUCUGCCACUACUUCCACGUCCACGUCCACGUCGGCACCCUCUCCCUUCUCCUCGCCGCGGCUACACCAGACCAUCACGCUGCCCGACGGUCGCGCCCUCGGCUUCGCAGAAUAUGGCGAUCCGGCCGGCGCCCCGAUUCUCUACUUCCACGGCUUCCCCUCGUCGCGCCUCGAGGCCCAGCCCGUCGCCUCCAUGCUCUCCCUCCUGGGCGUGCGCCUCAUCGCCCUCGACCGCCCGGGCUUCGGCCUGUCGAGCCCACAGCCGGGCCGCCGCAUCAUUGACUGGGCCGAGGACGUGCGCAGCUUCGCGCGCGGUGUCGGCGUUGACCGCUUCGCCGUGCUGGGCACCUCGGGCGGCGGGCCGUACGCGCUCGCCUGUGCGCACGCCCUUCCGCGGAACAUGGUCGCCGGCGUGGGUCUCUUUGCCAGUGGCCCGCCGUGGGAGGCCGGCGCGCAGCUCAUGUCGCGGACGAGGCGCGUGGCGAGGGCCAUGGCGGUGCGUACCCCAGGUGCCAUGGCGGUGGGCACCAGCGCCAUGAUUAGCGCGCUGCGCUGGAUCGCGACGAGGGAGGUGGUCGCGCGGCGCAUCGACAAGUGGUUCGCGGCGGCGGCGGCGGCAGCAGAGGAGAGCGACAAGACGGGCACCGGCACCAGCGACACGAAGAGCGAGGGCGUCAGCAAGGCAGAGAGCAAAGGCAUCGCCACAGAGGAGGAGACGGACAGAGUCGCCGCCAUAGCCGCCCAGCGCGAGGAGACGCUGCGCAUCGUGCUCGACGAGCCCUUUUGCCAGGGCGCGACGGCGGCCGUUGAGGAGCUGCGGCUGCUGUCGGACCCGGACUGGGGGUUCCGGCUCGAGGACGUGGCGUACGACCCGGUGCGCAUCUGGCACGGCGCCGAGGACGCCAACGCGCCCAUUGCCGCCAUCCGCUACCUGGCCGAGCGCGUGCCCCAUGCCGUGCUGACCGAAUACUCGGGUGACAGCCACUACACCAUGGCCAAGUACAUUGAGGGCGCGAUGGGGGAGCUGCUCGUGGACGGGGGUUGGAGAAAGGACAGUGGGGAUUCAUGA